UCACAUAUGCCACUUCCUGGUGUGAUUGUCGGGGGAUCGCAACGCUGCAUCAAAGAUGGCUUAUUAUCAACCAACAUUUUGUCCAUUUAGGAAUAAUAUUGUGAAAGAAUAAGAGAUAUCUUGCACGAAGGGAAGGCGGAGAGCCGGUGGUAGCUGUCGCGAGCAGUGUUAACACUCUCGUCGCACUACGCACCGCUUGCUCUCUCUGUGCGCUAACUUGUCCCCACUGUGCUAGCUAGUUAGCUCACAUAGUAAAUAUUAGCUAGCCUAGCUACCGUUAGCUUCCUUACUGUUGAUUGCUAAAAUGGCCACCAUGGAGAAAUUGAUGAAGGCCUUUGAGUCUCUGAAGUCAUUCCAGCAGCAACAGGGACCACCAACCGCCGAGGAGCUUGUCCAGAGGCAGAAAAAAGAACAGGCUACCACAAAGAAGGAUAGGGUCACCCACUGCCUGACAAUAUGUGAAAACAUAGUGGCUCAAUCUCUGAGUCCUGGGAGCAGAACAUCUCCAGAGUUUCAGAAACUGCUGGGCAUCGCCAUGGAGAUGUUCCUGCUCUGCAGCGAUGACAGCGAAUCAGAUGUCCGGAUGGUAGCCGAUGAGUGCCUGAACAAAAUCAUCAAAGCACUGAUGGACUCCAACCUACCUAGGCUGCAGCUGGAGCUAUACAAAGAAAUUAAAAAGAAUGGUGCCUCUCGGAGUCUGAGGGCGGCUUUGUGGAGGUUUGCUGAGCUCGCUCACCUCAUCAGACCACAGAAAUGCAGACCCUACCUGGUCAACCUGUUGCCAUGCCUCAGCCGAAUCACCAAGCGACAGGAGGAGACAGUACAGGAGACUCUGGCUGCUGCAAUGCCCAAGAUCAUGGCCGCCUUGGGACACUUCGCCAAUGAUGGCGAGAUCAAGGUGCUGCUGAAGUCAUUCGUGGCCAACCUGAAGUCCAGCUCCCCCACCAUCAGACGGACAGCAGCCAGCUCAGCCGUCAGCGUGUGCCAACACUCCAGACGCACCAGCUACUUCUACACCUGGCUCCUUAAUGUGCUGCUGGGUCUUCUGGUUCCAGUGGAUGAGGAGCACCCCAGCCACCUAAUUCUGGGCGUGCUGUUAACCCUUCGCUACCUGAUGCCUCUGCUGCAGCAGCAAGUCAACACCACCAGCCUCAAAGGAAGCUUUGGAGUCAUGAGGAAGGAGGCUGAUGUACAGCCAACACCUGAACAACUGCUACAGGUGUACGAGCUGACCUUACACUACACACAGCACUGGGAUCACAAUGUAGUCACGGCGGCUCUGGAGCUCCUGCAGCAGAUGUUCAGGACUCCCCCGCCAGAGCUGCUGCAUAUGCUCAUCACCGCAGGCAGCAUCGCACGCGGCACUGUAUUCCGCCAGGACACCGAGAGCCGUGCACGCUCCGGCAGCAUCCUCGAGCUCAUUGGUAAAAUGCUCUCUGGGGAGGAGGAUGGGUUGGAGGACGACGCUGAGAGAACAGAGGUCACCACUGGUGCCUUCACAGCAUCGGUCGUUGGUGCAGAAGGCUCCACGGCGGCCCAGGUUGACAUCAUCACCGAGCAGCCGCGCUCCUCCCAGCACACCCUGCAGCCUGGCGAUUCUGUGGACCUCAGUGCCUCUUCAGAGCAGGGCGGCGGCGGGGGUGGAACAUCUGCAUCCGACACGCCUGAGUCACCCAACGACAACGAGGAGGAAAUGCUGAGUCGGAGCUCCAGUGGCGGGGCCAACAUUACUCCAGAGACGGCUGACUACACCACACCAGAGAAUGUCACACCGGAGGGAGGACCCUUAGGAGAAGGCGGGACUCUGCUAAGCACUAAUGACCGCUCACUUCCACCCAGCGACUCCUCGCAGACCACCACAGAGGGACCAGAUUCAGCUGUCACCCCUUCAGAUGUAGCAGAACUGGUGCUGGAUGGCAGUGAGAGCCAGUACUCUGGGAUGCAGAUCGGGACGUUACAGGAUGAAGAAGACGAAGGAGCAGCACCUGCCUCCCAAGAAGAACCUCCAGAACCCUUCCUGCAGUCAGCGCUGGCUCUGAGCAAGCCUCAUCUGUUUGAAGGCCGAGGUCACAACCGGCAGGGUUCAGACAGCAGCGUGGACCGCUUCAUACCAAAGGACGAACCUGCUGAACCCGAACCUGACAACAAGCCAUCUCGGAUAAAGGGUCCGAUCGGGCAUUAUACAGACCAAGGGGCCGAGCCGCUGGUGCACUGUGUACGGCUUCUUGCUGCUUCCUUCUUGCUGACAGGACAAAAAAAUGGUCUGACCCCUGAUAAGGAGGUGCGAGUGAGCGUGAAGGCUCUGGCGCUCAGCUGUGUCGGGGCGGCAGCAGCACUGCAUCCUGAAGCCUUCUUUAAUUCCCUCUACCUGGAGCCGCUGGACGGCAUUCCAGUAGAAGAGCAGCAGUAUAUCAGUGACAUCCUGGGCUUCAUUGACCAUGGGGACCCCCAGAUCAGAGGAGCCACUGCCAUCCUCUGUGCAGCCAUCAUACAAGCUGCACUCACCAAAACACGUUACAACAUUCACACCUGGCUGGCCAGUGUGCAGAGUGCAACAGGUAACCCCCUGUCCCUGGUGGACUUGGUGCCUUUGCUCCAAAAAACUCUGAAAGAUGAAUCAUCCGUCACCUGUAAGAUGGCUUGCUCUGCAGUGAGGCACUGCCUCAUGACUGUGUGUAGCAGUACGUUGAGUGAGCUCGGCCUGCAGUUGUUGAUAAACCUUCUCGCUCUGAGGGACUCCUCCUAUUGGCUUGUUCGCACUGAGCUCUUGGAGACCCUGGCUGAGAUGGACUUCCGGUUAGUACAUUUCCUCGAGAGGAAAACGGAGACUUUGCACAAAGGGGAUCAUCACUACACUGGGCGGCUGCAGCUGCAGGACAGAGUCCUGAACGAUGUGGUCAUCUGUUUGUUGGGAGAUGAUGACCCCAGAGUCCGGCAUGUAGCAGCCUCUGCUGUCAGCAGGCUGGUUCCCAGGUUGUUCUAUGACUGUGACCAAGGUCAAGUGGACCCGGUAGUGGCUAUCGCCCGAGACCAGAGUUCAGUCUAUUUGCAGUUGCUGAUGCAUGAGACACAACCCCCCUCCCAGUUCACAGUUAGUACAAUCACAAGGACAUACAGAGGCUACAACUUGUCCAACAAUGUGUCUGAUGUCACAAUCGAGAACAAUUUGUCCAGAGUUGUUACUGCCGUCUCCCAUGCUUUCACCUCCUCUACCUCCAGAGCCCUGACGUUCGGCUGCUGUGAGGCCUUGUGCCUCCUGGCUUCAAAUUUUCCUGUGUGCAAUUGGAGCACAGGCUGGCACUGUGGCUAUGUUAGCUCCAGUAGCAGCUUUUCUUCCCGCUCUAGUCUCAACCGCAGCAGGGGCAGGGCCCUCAGUGUGUCACAGCCCAGCAGUGCUCCAGCCUCUUCAAACACCACCUCGUCUGCACCAGAGACUGAGCGGAGGACUCUGACAGUGGGAAUGGCUAACAUGGUCCUUUCCUUACUCUCCUCCGCCUGGUUUCCACUGGAUCUCUCUUCACACCAGGAUGCACUUUUGCUCUCUGGCAAUUUGAUCGCUGCUGUGGCUCCUAAAUGCAUGCGCAACCCAUGGGCUGGAGAGGAGGAAGGCAGCAGUGGUAGCACCAACACCAGUGGAGGCCCAAAUAAGAUGGAGGAACCCUGGGCAGGGCUGUCAGAGCGCUCCCUGGUGGCCAUGGUGGAGCAAGUCUUUUCUCACCUACUAAAGAUCCUCAACAUCUGUGCCCAUGUGCUAGAGGACACACCACCUGGACCGGCAGUUAAGGCUACCCUCCCCUCCCUGAGCAACACCCCCUCCCUCAGUCCCAUUCGGAGAAAAGGCAAGGAGAAGGAUGCCACUGAGCCCAGUGCUGCACCUAUGAGCCCAAAGAAAAGCAAUGAGGUCAACACAGCCAGGCCAGCAGAGAGCACUGGGUCAACAACCGUUAACAAAUCUACCACCCUUGGCAACUUCUACCACCUGCCACCCUACCUCAAGCUCUACGAUGUCCUCAAAGCUACACAUGCCAACUACAAGGUGACGCUGGACCUCCACAGCAACCAGGAGAAGUUUGGAAGUUUCCUGCGUUCCACUCUUGAUGUUCUGUCACAGCUCCUGGAGCUGGCCACACUACAUGACAUCAGCAAGUGUGUGGAGGAAAUCUUGGGCUACCUCAAAUCCUGCUUCUCCAGAGAACCAACCAUGGCUACUGUGUGUGUACAACAGCUGCUGAAGACCCUGUUUGGCACCAACCUGGCCUCUCAAUAUGAGGGUUACCUCAGUGGACCAAGCCGUUCCCAGGGCAAGGCUCUCCGUCUUGGCUCGUCCAGCCUGAGACCGGGCCUUUACCACUACUGCUUCAUGGCACCGUACACUCACUUCACCCAGGCUCUCGCUGAUGCCAGUCUCCGGAACAUGGUGCAGGCUGAACAGGAGCAGGACACCUCUGGAUGGUUUGAUGUAAUGCAAAAGGCUUCGAACCAGCUGAGGUCCAAUAUUGCAAAUGCAACACGGCACAGAGGAGACAAGAACGCAAUCCACAACCACAUUCGUCUGUUUGAGCCGCUGGUGAUCAAAGCUUUGAAGCAGUACACUACCAGCACCUCUGUGGCCCUGCAGAGACAAGUACUGGACCUGCUCGCCCAACUUGUGCAGCUCAGAGUCAACUACUGCUUGCUGGACUCAGAUCAGGUGUUCAUAGGAUUUGUCCUGAAGCAGUUUGAGUACAUUGAGGUUGGACAGUUCAGAGAUUCGGAGGCCAUCAUUCCCAACAUCUUUUUCUUCUUGGUGCUGCUGUCUUAUGAGCGUUACCACUCCAAGCAGAUAAUCAGCAUCCCCAAGAUCAUCCAGCUGUGUGAUGGCAUCAUGGCGAGCGGCAGGAAAGCUGUCACACACGCCAUCCCAGCCUUGCAGCCAAUUGUCCAUGACCUGUUUGUGUUGAGGGGCUCAAACAAAGCAGAUGCAGGCAAAGAGUUAGAUACCCAGAAAGAAGUGGUGGUGUCCAUGCUGCUCAGACUUGUGCAAUACCAUCAGGUGUUGGAGAUGUUCAUUCUUGUACUGCAGCAGUGUCACAAAGAGAAUGAGGACAAGUGGAAGAGAUUGUCCAGACAGAUCGCUGACGUCAUACUUCCAAUGAUUGCUAGGCAGCAGAUGCACCUAGACUCUCCAGAGGCGUUGGGAGUGUUGAACACUCUCUUUGAGACUGUGGCGCCCUCCUCUCUCCGACCUGUAGACAUGCUGCUCAAGAGUAUGUUUACCACCCCGGCCACCAUGGCAUCAGUAGCUACAGUCCAGCUGUGGGUGUCUGGCAUCCUGGCGGUGCUCAGGGUACUCGUCUCCCAGUCCACUGAGGACAUUGUCCUGUCGCGGGUCCAUGAGCUGUCCCUCACCCCACAUCUCCUCUCCUGCCAUACAAUCCGUCGCCUGCAUCAGCAGAGCCCGUCCCCAAGUGACCCUCCCCCUGCUGACACUCUAGGUAACCAGGAACCUAAUGGUGAGGCCCAAAAAGCCCUGCCUGAGGAAACCUUUGCCAGGUUCCUGCUGCAGCUGGUAGGAGUGUUGCUGGAUGACAUUUCCUCCAGGCAGGUUAAAGUGGACAUUACAGAGCAGCAACACACCUUUUACUGCCAGCAGCUGGGCACACUGCUCAUGUGCCUCAUACAUGUCUUCAAAAGUGGAAUGUUUCGCAGGAUCACAGCUGCAGCUAGCCGUCUCCUGAAGGGCGAGGGUGGAGGUGGACAGACAGGCACUGAGGCCGGCCUGUUUUACCCUUUGGAAGGCCUGAACAGCAUGGUGCAGUGUCUGAUCACCACCCACCCCUCCCUGGUGUUGCUGUGGUGCCAGGUCCUCCUCAUCAUCGACUACACCAACUACUCCUGGUGGGCUGAGGUGCACCAGACACCCAAGAGACAUAGCCUCUCUUGCACAAAGCUGUUGAGCCCUCACUCCUCUGGGGAAGGAGAAGAGGACAAGCCUGAGACUCGGUUAGCCAUGGUCAACCGAGAGAUCGUACGCAGGGGGGCCCUCAUCCUUUUCUGUGACUAUGUGUGUCAGAACCUUCAUGACUCAGAGCAUCUGACCUGGCUGAUAGUCAACCAUGUGCGUGACCUCAUCAGCCUGUCCCAUGAGCCUCCAGUGCAGGAUUUCAUCAGCGCUGUGCACCGCAACUCAGCUGCCAGUGGUCUCUUCAUCCAGGCCAUCCAGUCCCGCUGUGACAACCUCAGCACUCCUACCAUGUUGAAGAAGACCCUGCAGUGUUUGGAAGGCAUCCACCUGAGUCAGUCCGGCUCCCUGCUGAUGCUGUAUGUGGACAAGCUGCUCAGUACACCCUUCAGGGUUCUGGCCCGCAUGGUCGACACACUGGCGUGUCGCAGGGUAGAGAUGCUGCUGGCUGAGACACUACAGAACAGUAUAGCUCAGCUGCCUGUGGAGGAACUGGACAGGAUACAGGAAUACCUUCAGACCAGUGGCCUGGCUCAGAGGCAUCAGAGGUUCUACUCCCUGCUGGACAGGUUCAGAGCCACUGUUGCGGACACCAGCAGCCCCACACCUCCUGUGACAUCACACCCCUUGGAUGGGGAUCCACCACCAGCCCCUGAGCUCGUCAUUGCAGAUAAGGAGUGGUACGUGGCUCUGGUGAAGUCUCAGUGUUGUCUUCGUGGAGAUGUUUCGCUGCUGGAGACAACAGAACUCCUCACCAAACUUCCUCCCACUGACCUCUUUAACACCAUGAGCUGCAAGGACUUCAACCUAAGCCUGCUGUGUCCAUGCCUAAGUAUGGGGAUGCAGCGGUUAGCACGGGGUCAGGGGUCACUCUUGUUGGAGACAGCCUUGCAGGUGACCCUAGAACGGCUUGCGGGAGUCACCGGCUCCCUCCCUUCCCCACACCAGUCCUUCCUGCCACCCGCCCAGCCACUGCCAUAUUGGAAGCAACUAGCUGAUGUGUAUGAUGAGCCAGGUUUCUACUCCAGGGUUCUGUCGCUCUGCAGAGCUCUGUCCCAGUACCUGUUGAAUGUGAGCCAGCUGCCUUCCUCACUACAUAUUCCCUCUGACAAGGAGCACCUCAUCACCACUUUCACUUGUACUGCAACUGAGGUGGUGGUGUGGCGUCUCCUCCAGAACAAGUUGCCCCUGAGUGUGGACCUGCAAUGGGCUCUGUCCUGUCUGUGUCUGGCCCUGCAGCAGCCCUGCGUCUGGAACAAGCUCUCCACCCAAGAGUACACCACACACACCUGCUCCCUUAUCUACUGCCUACGCCUCAUCAUUGUUGCAGUGGCUGUGAGUCCUGGUGACCAGCUUCUGCAUCCAGAGAAGAAAAAGACAAAGGCAGAAAGAGAUGCUGAAGGAGAUGAAGUGGACUCGCCACAUGCUGACCACAUGUGCGAGUGGCAAGCAUGUGAGAUCAUGGCAGAGCUUGUGGAAGGCCUGCAGAGCAUUCUUGCCCUGGGUCACCAUAGAAACAGUGCAUUCCCUGCUUUCCUCACACCAACCUUGCGCAACAUUGUCAUCAGUCUGUCCCGACUGCCUCUGGUCAACAGCUACACCCGAGUACCUCCACUGGUUUGGAAACUGGGCUGGUCCCCUCAGCCAGGAGGAGAGUACGGCACAACGCUGCCCGAGAUCCCUGUGGACUUCCUGCAGGAAAAGGAUGUCUUCAGAGAGUUCCUCUAUCGCAUCAACACACUGGGCUGGAGCAGCAGGACUCAGUUUGAGGAGACCUGGGCCACACUGUUGGGGGUGCUGGUCACCCAACCCAUCACUAUGGACCAGGAGGAGGAGACACAGCAGGAGGAGGACUUGGAGCGUACCCAGUUGAAUGUCUUAGCAGUGCAGGCCAUCACCAGCCUGGUGCUGAGUGCCAUGACCCUGCCCACUGCUGGCAACCCUGCAGUCAGCUGUCUGGAACAGCAGCCCCGCAACAAGAGCCUGAAAGCCCUGGAAACACGGUUUGGAAGGAAACUUGCAGUGAUCAGGGGCGAGGUGGAGAGAGAGAUUCAGGCUCUUGUGUCGAAGAGAGACAAUGUCCACACACACCACCCGUACCACGCCUGGGACCCUGUACCCUCGUUGUCGGCAGCCUCAGCUGCAGGCACGCUGAUCAGCCAUGAGAAGCUGCUGCUUCAGAUCAACACAGAGAGGGAGAUGGGCAACAUGGACUACAAACUGGGACAGGUCUCCAUCCACUCAGUGUGGCUAGGUAACAACAUCACCCCACUGAGAGAAGAAGAAUGGGGUGAAGAUGAAGAAGAUGAAGCAGACACUCCAGCCCCCACCUCUCCACCCAUAUCUCCCAUCAACUCAAGGAAGCAUCGUGCAGGUGUGGACAUUCACUCAUGUUCCCAGUUUCUUCUGGAGCUCUACAGCCAGUGGCUGAUCCCUGGCUCCCCGAGUAACAGGAGGACCCCGACCAUACUCGUCAGUGAAGUGGUCCGAUCGCUGCUGGCAGUGUCGGACCUCUUCACAGAAAGGAACCAGUUUGACAUGAUGUUCUCCACCCUGAUGGAACUGCAGAAGCUCCACCCGCCAGAGGACGAGAUCCUCAAUCAGUACCUGGUGCCUGCCAUCUGCAAAGCUGCUGCUGUACUGGGCAUGGACAAAGCGAUAGCGGAGCCUGUGUGUCGCCUGCUGGAGACGACCCUGCGCAGCACACACCUGCCCAGCCGCAUGGGGGCUCUGCAUGGAGUGCUAUAUGUGUUGGAGUGUGACCUGCUGGACGACACAGCCAAACAGCUCAUCCCCACUGUCUCUGAGUACCUGCUGUCCAACCUUAGGGCUAUUGCUCACUGUGUGAACCUGCAUAACCAGCAGCAUGUGUUGGUGAUGUGCGCAGUGGCCUUCUACAUGAUGGAGAACUAUCCUCUGGAUGUAGGAGCUGAGUUUAUGGCUGGAAUUAUACAGCUGUGUGGCGUGAUGGUGUCGGCCAGUGAGGACUCCACUCCCUCCGUCAUCUAUCACUGCGUGCUGCGCGGUCUGGAGCGCCUCCUGUUGUCAGAGCAGUUGUCACGUGUGGACGGAGAAGCGCUGGUCAAACUCAGCGUGGACAGAGUCAACAUGCCGUCGCCACACAGAGCCAUGGCCGCCCUGGGCCUCAUGCUCACCUGCAUGUAUACUGCGGUGCUUGCGUCGGGUUCCGACGUGACAGGGGUUAGAGGUCAGGUUGACUCUGGCUCUGCCGCAGCAGAGGCGAUGGGCGUCACGGCAGGUCAUGUUGGUUUCUCCUCAGGCAAGGAGAAAGCCAGCCCUGCCACUCGCCCCGCCCACUCUGACCCUCAGGCUCCAGACAGCGAGUCGAUCAUUGUUGCCAUGGAGAGGGUCUCUGUGCUCUUUGACAGGAUCCGGAAAGGUUUACCCAGCGAGGCUCGGGUGGUGUCCAGGAUUCUGCCCCAGUUUCUGGACGACUUCUUCCCCCCACAGGACGUCAUGAACAAGGUCAUCGGAGAGUUCCUGUCCAAUCAGCAGCCUUACCCACAAUUCAUGGCCACUGUCGUCUACAAGGUUUUCCAGACACUCCAUGCCACAGGCCAGUCUUCCAUGGUGCGAGACUGGGUGCUGCUGUCGUUGUCCAACUUCACUCAGAGGACACCAGUGGCCAUGGCCAUGUGGAGCCUCUCCUGUUUCUUUGUUUCGGCUUCCACGUCCCAGUGGAUCUCAGCCCUACUACCACACGUGAUCAGCCGUAUGGGCUCCAGUGAGGUGGUGGACGUCAAUCUGUUCUGCCUGGUGGCCAUGGAUUUCUACCGGCACCAGAUUGACGAGGAGCUGGACCGCAGAGCUUUCCAGUCUGUCUUUGAGACUGUGGCCUCACCAGGCAGCCCUUAUUACCAGCUGCUGGGCUGUCUGCAGUCAAUCCACCAGGACACAUCGCUCUGAGGGCCACGGAUGAGACGGACAUGAAGGCAGAGAGAGAGAGAGGGAGGCCGGGGGGAAUGAAGCACGGGGAGAGAAGUGGAUUAGAGUGAGAAAUGUGGUAGGGCGAGAAAUUAGAUCUCCACGUACGUCUCCCCCUUGAGUUGCGACAGAGGGGAAGAACAGAAUGUGUCAUUAGAAAAAUCUACUGUAGCCUCAUCCCUUUCCCUCCUUUACACUGAUGUGAGUACAACUACUGAAUGAUGAAUUCAGUGGGGUGAGCGUAAGGAACAAACCAAAGGGAGAUCUGAAUCCAUGUCAAUUUAGGGUGUGUGUUAAUUAUACCAAGACUACGAAGGACACUGGCUGCAAAACCUUCAAACUGAGGUUCUCCCUACGACCACAUUGCCCCCCUACAGACCAUUCCUCCAGGCGAAUGACAGCACCUUCAGCACCUCCUACCCAGCACCUUGAUUAAAACCACAUAAAAAAAAAAAAACAAAAACACCAAUCAAACACAAAAUUGGAUUUGUUUAUUUUCCUGUGAGGACUUGCUUGAGUAUUGUGAUGUCAGUAAAGUAAAAUAGAGGAAAAAAAAAAAUAGAAAAUGCAAAGUAUUUACUAUAUUUAAAGUUUCAAUGCAUCUAUUUUUCAGUGCGUUUUGUUAAAGAGUGCUACAGGUCUGGUUAGGACACUGACAAUGGGCUGACACAUAAGGGUCAAAAAUGCCUGCUUAAUGUUGUGAAUUAGUAUCUUUGAAGACCUUUUUUAUAUUUAAGUUACUUGUGGUCGUUCUCUGACACACAUGAGUCAAACAGUAAAUAUUUUAUGUGUAAGAAUGAUCACUAAUAGCCAUAUAUAGUUUUUUUUCCCCCAAUGACAAAGAAGCAGGGGAUGGAUUUUGUGAUUUGUGGCUGCAGAAAGGGCAACUUGAUUGCACUCAUUACAGCAAGUUGCUUCAAUUUCUGUGUCUGUGCAGUGGCCUGUUCUGGAUGUUAUUUUGAGUGGACAAAAAUUAGACGGGUAUAUGCUUGGAAGUGUAAAAAACAAAAAAAACAAUACAUUUAACUGUCAAAGGGCCCGUAUACCAACAUGUGAGACGGUGUAAACUGUCAAGCAAGAAAAAAUACCAAAAUUGCAGUGAUGUUGUUUUCUCUUUUUUAACCAGUAGCAGAGGGAAACAUUUCCUCUUAUUAUUUUUAUCACAGUCCUUAUAUCUGUCUAGUCCUUUUUUAAAAACUUGCAUUCAAGUCUCGUACGCUCUCCCGUGCACCUGAACGAUUCCACCUUUCCAUUUCUUGUACUUUUUUUAAUUCUCAGGAUGUAAGAUGUGACUAUUGUUAUAAGACUGGAAGUCAUUUACAGUCAUCUUUAAAUGGAGUUCGUAUCUGUAAAAAAAAAAAAAAAAAAAAAAAAAAAAAGUAACUGUAAAGUAAUAUGAAAGCCAUGGUGCAUGAUAAAAUAAGAACUGUGUAAAAAUGAGAGAUUCUCAAUAGACAGUAAGAUAAUGUGAUUUCUUCUCAGUCUGUCUGUCUACACACAUACACACGAUCAGAAAAUGAUAAAUCAGUGACUCAGCAGACCGCAGAAUGCAGAAAUCUCCGAGCUUAUAGUAUUUUAUUGAAGACUUGACCUUGAGUUGCCUGGGAGUGUGCUGGGCGGCGUUACUCUGUACAUACACUUGCCUUAGAUAAAGACUGAAUAUAUGUAUGUCCUGUACACUGAAAGCUUGAAAGCAUGCUUAGCAUUACUGCUAUUUUUCUUGCAUAGUCCUUAAUACUGUAUUUCCGUGGGUACAGUUGCCAUGACUGUUGUGUGGGAGAGAUGCAACACAAUCCAAAGGGAGCCUUGUAACCUUAGCGACCAACAGCAGCUUUGACAAAUCAACAGACGAGGAAGUGUAGCGUAGUGAUGCCACGUGACAGCAGGAGGUUUUUUUUUUGUUUUUUUUUUUGAGCUUUAAGUAUUUUGUCUCGGUUAAAGAUUGAUAAAUAUUUCAUCAUUCAUUGUGUUUGUGCAGAAUAUUAAACACACCUAGCACUUAAAAACACUUGAAGUUCCUCUCAUGUUGCUGUUAGGCGCUUUCUUGAUAUGCAAUGAGUCCUGCAGUACAUAAAAGUAAAAACAUCACAGUGAUUUGUAUGCUAAAUAUGUCACCACUUUCCAACCUUCAGAGCAAUGUGACUGGCUUCUUUUUGAUCAUGUUAAAGAUAAUGCAUUCACACAAUAAAUGACUCUGCAGCUGUCAUUAAAAUUCCAUUCUGAGGCCUCCCUUUCGCAGAUAAAUGAGCCUAAAUGAGUCCUGCUUUUCUCGAAAGAUCAACAGCAUUUUCUAAGUCAGUGUGUGUAGUGAAAAAAAAAGAGGAUGACAAAAAAGCUUUUCUGCGCUACUGUUCAAGGAAAUAAUUCAAAUACGGGACAGAAAAAAAAUCUUUUCAUGUCAGCUUAGUAUCUUCUCCAGGCAGGAGGAGAGCAAGAGACUGACUGGGGCCCCCUGCAGGGGGUAAUACGAUUACCCAGAAAUCUUUUGUGGUUUGGAGAGGUGGGCGUGGAGGUCAUGGACAAAGGUCAUGUUCAACAAAUUUAACAUGCUUCCCUUGAAGACUUCAUUUUUUCUUCCACUUUAAAAAUCAGCAACUCAGAAUAUAUUCCUCCUUUGCCGAUUUGAGAAUCACUGCGGUUACAUUUUCUCUUACAUGCCCUAUAACAUCGACUGUGUUUGCAAUUAGCAUCUUGGCUUCUAAAGAAUACCUCUUUUUUUCCCCUCUCUAGAAAACACAGUCGCCACAGCUGUGAUUCUGAAGGUGGUUAUAGAAGACGUACAGACUGCACAUGAUGUGAUUCCCCUUUAUCUAGAUUCUGGAUCCUGAACAGGACCAUGGAGCCUCUGUCAUAUUUUUGGUUUUGUUUUGUUUUUUCCUUUUUUACAAUUGCCUGUAAAAAAUGAAGAGAUUGUGUAUUUCAGUUCAUUUUAAUAUUUUAAAGAGAUUAAUCACUGCAUAUGGUCUGUUGUAGAAAUGAAUAAAUUAUUUAAAGAUGUUAAACCUA